CUCAGCCAGCUGGGCGUUGUCGUUGGUGGCAUCCAUCGCCUGGGCGGCCCCGGGCCCCAGGACGGCGGCGCGGCGGGAGACGGCGACCCUGGCGGCGGCGGCGUGGUGCAGGAGCGGGUGGCCCACCUGGUGCCGUGGCCGCAGCUGCCCCACCAGUCCACGCUGCCCCCGCUGCCGACGCACCUGGGCGUGGCCGGCACCCUGGCCGAGCUGCGGCAGCUGUCCGAGCACGAGGCCUCUCUCCUCGACCUGGAGGAUUCGGGAGAUAUGCGAGAUAAGUCCCUGAGGGACUCCUCGGCUGUCAAUGACAAACCGUUCCGGUCGCAGAUUCAGGUGCGGCUGCGGCACCCGCAGGUCCCCCCGGGGCCCGGCGGUGGCUCCCUCCGCGGCCCCCGGCUCGUCGCGGCCGCCUCCCCGCCGACGGGGCGGCGCGAGGCCGCCACCAACUCGCUGCCCCUCAGGGGGCGGCAGCUCUGCGCCCAGGCCGCCGCCGCCCCCGGGCCCGCCCCCGUUCCGCUGCAGGGCCCGCGGCCCAGGCUCCUCGGCCCUGCGCUGCAGCCCCACGUCAUCCCCGGCUACCACACGGGCACGCUGCGGAGGCCCAGCACGCCGUUCCCGGUCGGCAUGCUGCGCGCGCCCGGGCCGCCCAUGGGGCCGUUGGCGCCCCUCAACCCCGGCCCCCGCGCCGCCGCCGCGACGCACGCGCUGUCCGGGGCCGACCUGCCCGUGGUCACCAUGCCCAUGCCCCUCGCCGUCGUGACCAACGGCCGCCCCGUGCCCAUGAGCGCGGGGGCGCUCGCCGAGUCCUGCGGGGACGCUACCCCGGCCUUGUCGCUGGCGGCGCCGGUUCCCUCGCUGGUGGUGGCGACAUCGGCCCCCUCCGAGGCGGCGGGCCCCCCUCCCCCCUCGGCGGCCGUGCCGUCCACGCCCCUGCCCGCCCCCGGCGCGGGCCCCAAGCACGGCGGCAUUCAGGCCCAGGACUCCCUGGGGUCCGCGUCGAGCGUCUGCGUCGACCCGUCGGAGCGCGGCGCCGUGGAACCGGGGCCGCGGACGGAGCGCAGUCAGACCAUGGAGUCGCGGCUGGAGGCGCCCAGCAGCCUCCGCUCGCUGCCGGCCAGCCCCGCCGCCUCCCCCGCGCCGUCGCGCCGCGCGCCCCACGGCAAGCGGCUCCUGAGGAAGCAGAGCUCGGCGCAGAGCCUGGAGGAGCCGGCGACCAACGGCAACGCGCUCGCCCCCUCGCCGUCCUCUCGCAGGCGCACGGCCAAGCAGAAGGCGCACGCAGCACAGGGUGAGCCAGGCACCCCUGGGGCCGUCUCCACCAGUGGCUCGACGGCCACCCCCGGGACGCCCUCCAAGCACCCCGGCCAGGCGGGCAGGCCGCACGCGGCCGACGUGUCGCAGUCGUCGUCCUCGGGCCAAGAGUCGCCCAACAAGUCGGAGCGCAGGCGCCGGGUGUCCAUCCUGAGCCGGAAGCCUCGGCGGGCGCCCUCCCCGACCGACGCCAUCCUGCCGGCCGACCACACGACCACGGCGUCGGAGAGGGAGCGCACCAACAGCGCCUCCUCCAGGGACUCGCGCGUGUCGGCGUGGAGGGCGACGGGGAGGCGGCGGCUGUCCUCCAUCCGGAGGGACAACAGCACGGAGCGCGAGUCGGGAAAGGUCCCGUGGUGCGGCUGCUGGGGCAACGGCUGCCUCUGAGACGACGCCGCCGACAACCGAUCCUCUGGGACCUCGGCGGGGGCCUCUGGGAUGUCUGGCGCUUCCGAUGACGCCUCGUCCAUGGCGGGGUCCACAUCGUCGUCGUCGUCCUGGGGGCCCCGGGCCCGGGCCUGGGCCCAACGCAUGAGUCUGUCCCCGGCGCGCCAGGACAGCACAGCCUCGGGCAGCGUGCCGUGGUGCGGGUGCUGGGGCAACGGGCUCUUCUGACGCCAGGAGGGCCAGAGACCUGUUCCCCUGCUGCCCGUCGCCGUGCUUCUUGUAAGCUGCUUGUCUUUCAUGGGAGCCCUCCGCCCCUGCCCCCCUGGGGGUCGGGGCGGCGGGCGCACACACGCGCAUCGCCACGGAGUGUGGUUGCCGAGGCCCUGCUGCUGUCCUGGGCCGGACUGGCCAGGCUCUCACCGGGAGGUGGAGACGGCCUUGCCGGGGGCGGCCAAAGUUGGUGAAAGGGUGAGCGGCGCACUGCAGCGGGCCGUCGGGCCUCGCCCUGCCAGUGCGCUGCUCACCGGAGCGGUUGCCGGCGCUGCGAGUGUGUGCGAACGUUUGGGCCACUUACAUUCUUAUUCCGUGGCUUCGUUCGUAAGCUCCCAGUGAGCAUCAUGAACUCUUUUCUUAUCUAGUCUGUUAGUGCCAUGUACAGUACAACUCUUUCUUCUUAACUACUCACUGCGCCUGCCUCUGGUGCACGAUCGUACCUGAUUAUUAGUAUCGCUGUGUAUACGGCUUUUCUACUCGCAACUUAUAUUACGCAUCAGAAAUAAUGUGAUAAUAUAAUAUUUUUGUACUUUUCUUCACUGACAUCUUUACCUUUUCACCUAAAUGUAUUAAUUCUAGUCGGAAAAAUUGUAGAAAUUAAGGUAGUGCAAAUUAUAUUUCAGGAAAAGGGAAACGUGUUCCAAAGACGUUCAAAUCUUCUACACUAGUAUGUCACACUGUUACCAGAACAUAACAAAUGCCACUAUAGGUAGAUUAUUUGCUUCAUUUUGAGUAACCUUUUGCAUUUAUGAUUGACUUCUUUAAAUUUGCAUUCCAUUUUAUAUAAGAAAACAGUAUAACAAAAACGUGUUAUGUGCCCUUCAUUGCGCCGGUUGCGAGACCGGAUGCUUCAAUUGUUAUGCGGCUCAGCGUCUUUUCGUAUGGAAUGAAUUAAACCAUAUUACUUGCCAAA